AUGGUUGAGAUCUGCUGUGAGACAGUGGAUGCCUCGCUGUAUAAAGUGCGAGAACUCCUCCCUGGCUUCAUUGCUGCCGUCUCAAAGCUUGUCCGACAGUCUAAUUCAUUCUUCUUUCGACAGAAAAAGAGAUUUGCACCACUAGCCAUCAUGAAUACCGUCGCUGCCAACAAGGCAGAACAAGCAAUCGGGGACAGACCGACGGCUACCACCAACCAGUACAAAACUCGUCCCAAUGAGACCAUGCUUGCACUGCGUUGGUACGGCGACAGGGAUGUCCGAGUUGAAGAAGUCCCGGCGCCCACCAUAACCGAGCCUGCCGAUGCCGUCGUGAAAGUCACCGGUACGACAGUCUGCGGUAGUGAUCUGCAUCUGUACCACAAAGAGAUUAUGCAGCUGCAGAAAGGUGAGAUCUUGGGACAUGAGUUUAUGGGCAUAAUCGACGAGGUCGGGCCCGCAGUCAAAGGCCUCAAAGUAGGCGACCGAGUCGUUGCCAGUUUCCAGAUUGCUUGUGGCGAGUGUGAGUUCUGUAAAGAAGGCCUUAGCAGUAUGUGCGAUCGCACGAACUCGUCUGCUUUGCAAGAAAAGCUCUAUGGAAAACCAUUUGCUGGAUUAUUCGGCUACUCCUUCUUCGCUGGCGGCUUUCCUGGCGGCCAGGCCGAGUAUGUUCGGGUACCAUUUGCGACCAACAAUCUUCUCAAGAUCCCCGACCAUGUCCCAAAUGAGAAAGCGUUGUAUCUGAGCGACAUCGUCCCGACCUCCUAUCAUGCCACCGUCUGCGCCGAGGUCUCAAAAGGCAAGAGCGUUGCGGUCUGGGGUCUCGGGCCUGUCGGCAUGCUUGCGUGCAAAUGGAGCAAGCUUGAGGGAGCGAGACGCGUGAUCGCCAUCGACCAGGUGCCAGAGCGCCUUGCUCUCGCCCGGGAUCUUGGCUGCGACACUAUCGACUUCUCGAAGGUCAAGGACGUUGUCGCCGAGAUCUAUAAACUCGAGCCCCAAGGCGUGAAUUGCUGCAUCGAUGCCGCCGCCUUCCGGUACACCAAGACGCUGUUGCAGAGCGCUGAGCGCCUUGUAGGCUUGGAAACAGACAGCAGCGAGAUAGCGAACGAGACUAUCCGUGCAUGUCGAAAAUUUGGCACGGUCUCGAUUGUGGCAGAUUACGCCGCAAUGACGAACCAGUUCCUCAUCGGAGCCUUGAUGGAGAAGGGCAUCACGUACCGUGGCUGCGGCCAAGCUCCUGUGCAAAAGUACUGGCACCAGUUGCUGAAGAAGAUUGAGAGCGGCGAAUUUGACCCUACUAUUGUCCUAACCCAUAGGUUUUCGAUUGAGGAGUUCAGCGGCCUGUAUGAGGCCUUCGAUAAGAAGAAGUAUGGAAUAUUGAAGACCUAUGUGCAGACAAGGUUCUCCCCACCACCGACCCCAGGCACUCCCAAAUUGAGCAGCUUCGCGUCGGGAGAUUUUCUCUAG